CUUGCCCGAGGUCCAGUAGCAUCAACAGAGUGUCUGGUGUAUACAUCCUUCCAGCGUUCACUACCAGACACAAUGGCCUGUAACCACGGCCACUCCAAACCGGGGACCUCAUCGGUCCCUGCCUAUCCCAAGCUCAACUACUCCGGCGGCGCCAAAUGGAUCAAGCACCUCACGAAAGACCGGCUCGCGACAUUUGAGGGUGGCCACUUCUCCAACGUCAACUUGUCGUCGGUGAUGUACCACCACCGCAUCGACGACUCGCACCACGUGAAGCUCCAGGCAUGGACCGCGCCGAACCGCACGAAACCGAGCUUUGCGGAGGCGAUGAAGCAGGAGUUCGUCCCCGUAGGCAAGGGCGCAACGUUUGGGCCAUCUUGUACAAACGUUUGGUUCAAGGUCACCAUAAAUCUCCCAGCGGAAUGGCAGAAGUACGAGCGCGUGCAGUUCGAGUUCGACCCUGACUGCGAGGCCAUGAUCUUCACCACGGCCGGUGAGCCGCUCCAGGGCAUCACCGGCGGCUGGGGCGGAGACCGUCGCGUCGAGUUCAUACUGCCGCCCGAAGCCCGCAAGAAAGGCACGUUCGACUUCGUCAUUGAGAGCAGCUGCAACGGCAUGUUCGGUAUCAGCGGUAUCGGUCCUCCGGACAACAACCGCUACUUCUCGUUGCGCUCCGCCGACCUUGUCGUACCCAACCUGGACGCCUGGGCCCUCUUCUGGGACUUUACCACCCUCCGCGAGCUCGUCGACACCCUCCCGGGCAACACCCCACUCCAGAACCUUGCGCUCACGACCGCAAACGCAAUCAUGAACGUUUUCCAGAACGAUGACCCGUCCACGAUUCCCGCCGCACGCCAGCUCGCUUGGAAGGUCUUCGGCGAGGCCUGGGACGGCAAGGCGGAGAAGAUCUACGAGGAAGGCGUGGAGCGCCCGCUCGUGUGGGGUAUCGGACAUUGCCACAUCGACACGGCGUGGUUAUGGCCGUACCGCGUCACGCAACAGAAGGUCGCGCGGUCAUGGUCUACUCAGGUUGACCUCAUGGAACGGUAUCCGGAACAUCGUUUCACGUGCAGCCAAGCGCAGCAGUACAAGUGGCUCGAGCAGCUUUACCCCCCUCUAUUCGAGCGCGUCAAGGCCAAGGUUCUCGAGGGCAAGUUCCACCCUGUCGGCGGCUCGUGGGUUGAAAACGACGCGAACAUGCCCUCCGGAGAGGCGCUCGUUCGUCAGUUCGUGUUUGGCCAACGGUAUUUCGAAAGCCGCUUCGGCUUCCGCUGCGACACCGCCUGGCUACCGGACUCGUUUGGUCUUACUGGCGCACUGCCCCAGCUCAUCCGGCAAGCAGGCAUGAAGUACUUCUUUACACAGAAGCUCUCUUGGAACAACAUAAAUGUAUUCCCUCACUCGACGUUCAACUGGGUGGGUAUCGAUGGCACUCAAGUCUUGUGUCAUAUGACUCCGGUCGAUACGUACACCGCCCAAGCGACCGUCGGCGACGUAAACAAGGGCAUCACCAACCACAAGAACUUGGAGUCCAACGACACUGCGCUGCUUGUGUUUGGUAACGGCGACGGCGGAGGUGGCCCGCUCGCGAAAAUGCUUGAGAACCUUCGCCGCAUCCGCGCCACCACGAACGCGCACCGCGAGCUACCGCCUGUGUCCAUGGGUAGCUCGGUCGAGGACUUCUUCGACGACAUCACCAAGACUACUGAGGCUGGCAAGACGUUGCCGAACUGGCAUGGAGAACUGUACUUGGAGUUCCACCGUGGCACAUACACCUCCCAUGGCUCAAUCAAGAAGGGCAACCGCAAGUCUGAAAUCUUGUUGCGCGAUGUCGAGCUGGUUGGAACAUUGGCGUCGUUAUACAAGCUCCACCGCAAGGACUACGAGUACCCGAAGGAGACUAUCGACACCGCCUGGGAGAAGGUCCUCCUCAACCAGUUCCACGACGUACUACCCGGAUCCGCCAUCGGUAUGGUCUACGACGAUGCAGAGGAACUCUACAGCGAAGUGCGCAAGGACCUCAACCUCGCCCUCGAAGAUGCCUUCAAGGUCCUUUUCCCUGAGUCGACCACGCUAGAUGCCGCUGUCUCGCUCAAGCCCGCUCUCGCACCGGCCCUCGUGGGCUUCAACACGACCUUCUUCCCCAGGAGGGAGGUCGUUAAGGUCCCACUUGUCGGCGGCGCUGCGAACCUCAAGAACAAGCUGGUGCAAGUAUCGAAGGAUGGCGCAUCGGGGUACGCGCUGAUGGAGGGCGCUGAUGGUGCGAGCCUGGUGCGGCCCACGGGGAUGUUUGCGGACUGUGCUCCGGUGUCUGUGUAUACGAACGGCACGGACCACUUCGUGCUCCGGAACGCAAGCGUGCAGUUGACCCUUAACAAGGGUCGGAUCACGAGCCUUUACGACGUCCAACUUGCACGGGAGCUCAUUCCGGAAGGACACUCCGGUGGUCUUGUCAUUUUCGAGGAUCGUCCGAACAACUGGGACGCCUGGGACGUCGAGAUCCACCAUCUCGAAAAGGGGAAACAUCUGGAGUUCGGCAAUGUUGGCAUUGUGGCCGAGGGCCCUCUGCGUGCCACGGUCGAGACUGAAGUCAAGUAUGGCCAGAGCACGAUCAAGGUUUCGAUCUCCCUAGACGCAGUCCCGGCGACCCUGAAGCACCAUUCGCGUCCUUUGUUCGUCUUUGAUGCCACUGUGGAUUGGCACCAAAGGCACGAAUUCUUGAAGUUCGAGCUUCCGUUAAACAUUCACAACGACAAUGCCACGUACGAAACGCAAUUCGGCUUCGUACAACGCCCAACACACAAGAAUACUACUAUGGACAUGGCCAAGUUCGAGGUGUGCGGGCACAAGUAUGCUGAUUUGAGCGAGUACGGCUAUGGCGUGGCGAUCCUGUCGGAGUCGAAAUACGGCUACUCCUGCCAAGGCAACGUCCUCAACAUCUCGUUGCUGCGUGCCGCAACCUCCCCCGACGAGGAACAGGACCAAGGCACGCACCAAUUCUCGUGGGCGGUGAUGCCCCAUAUUGGCCACUUUUUGGAAUCCGACGUGCCCCAGGCAGCGUACCUGUUCAAUGCUCCUAUUCACUCUCGCUACGUGCAGGACGAGCGCGUUGAGUCGGCCUUGGCGACAAUGCGCCCUCCGUUCGGCGUUAGCGGUGCCCACAACGUCUUCCUCGAGACCGUCAAACGUGGGGAUGACGACGACAAGCACACUACGACGGUGAUCCUUCGUCUCUACGAAGCGUUCGGAGGCCAUGCUAGGGCCAAGCUGCACAUUGCGAAGCACUUUGGCGUCAAGCAAGCGUACCUCACUAACCUGCUCGAGGAACACAUCACCGAGUUCAACCUCACCAAGGCGGAUGCGAUGGCGGAGACCACGUUCCCGUUAGAGUUCCAUGGCUUUGAGGUCAAGACGGUCAAGUUAGUGCUCGAAAGUAGCCUCCGAGAUGCUGCGGCGGAAAGGCCAAGGCAAGGUAAGCAUGACAGCUGGGUCGAUGUUACCUACGAAGCAAAAUCCUUCGAUUAGUGCCGAGCACUGGCGGCAACCGAAUAUGAUCGAUUCAGCGAAGGAAGGGUUGUAGUUGUAUGUGAAGAAUAGUUGACGAGUGAUCGUUGACCCCGGCGAGUUGAGCCUCUUACAGUGUUGUCGAUGCCAACACUUGUACUUCCAGUUGCAAAAGUGACGACUGUACUGUAAAAAUAGCAACGCGCAAAAAAUGAUGUU